AUUGGAACGUUACAGAGUAAGAAUCGGAACAAUUGAGUGUUUGGUAAUUGGACACUAGGAUCAAGGAAUCCCAUAUCGGUAACAAUUUCAAUGCAUUUGCGAAGUCACAUUGUAACCGUAAAUACUGUCUGAGAUCGUUGCGUCCGUUUCUUCGUUUAUAUCAGGCCCUUUUCUCCGAUGAGAUUAUUUUUUUUGUUGCGUGUAUGAGGUCUGUCGGGAGAUUAAAACAUAAGAGAAAUGCAGGGAUUUGUGAGGCUACAUUUGCACUGAUGAACCGCUCUUGUUCUACUACGCUUUACUCGUUCGUUUAUGGAACCAUGGAGUGAAAUAUCGCUUGAGAAAGCGCGAGGAACAAUACGAAUUCUACUCCGAGACCUCUGGAUCUAAACCCGCCACACCGACUGCUUUAAAUCCCAGCCGGCGUGUUAACGACUUUUACAUCUCAGACGUGGGAUACCUUUUCUGUGUUGGCCAAGGCAGGGAACCUCACGAACCCCUCCCGCUACUCUCGCAGGGUAAAGAGCUAAUAAAAAAAAAAGCUUCGGGCACCUCUAACCGGGCGCAGUUUAGCAUUUGAAUACAGCUUGGCUGUAUGAGGGAGGGAGCGAGAGGUGCAGAGAGCGUAGGAUAUAUGAUUUGUUUUUACUUGGUCGAGGGAGUGAAAUGGUAAAACUAGCUAGAAGGGGGAGAAAACGCAUUUAAAAUCGCCCACAUGCUCUGGAUCAAUCGCUGGAUUGGGGCACGGAAUACGAAGAAGUGGGAAGACACGAGUUUGAAAUCUUUGCGGGCUGGAAGAUGGCAGAGGGGUGCAGUUGGAAGUGGUGAGAGCCUAACUUCUGGCCACUUCGAAUUUAUUUGUAAACAACUUGCCCCUAUUCGUAGGACACAUGCAGGCCAAAAAACGAUAUUUAAUCCUGCUCUCUGCCGGUACAUGUCUAGUUCUACUGUUCUACUUUGGAGGUGUACAGCUUCCAUCUUCGGACAGGAACCGGCAUGACCGUAGCCACAAUGGAUAUCGCCCCGACCAGCCGUGGCCACACUUCUCGGACCCUUUACAACAAUUCCUACUCUGGGAUCAACCGGACACCGAGGAAUACAACAUUCACAUAUCGCCAAGGCAAAAGAGGGACGUUAACACAAGUGUGUACAAAGGCAAAAGAUGUCGCAUGGAUUCGUGCUUUGAUUUCUCAGCAUGCAAAAGGAACGAUUUCAAAGUGUAUGUCUACCCCCAGCAGAAAGGGGAGAAAAUCUCCGAAAGUUACCAGAAUAUUUUGUCGAUUGUUGAGGGAUCCAGGUUCUACACCACUGACCCGGGUCAAGCUUGUCUAUUCAUCCUGAGCUUGGACACCCUCGACCGGGACUCGCUGUCUCCGCAGUACGUGCACAAUCUCAAAACCAAGGUCCAGAACCUUCAUCUCUGGAACAACGGCAGAAACCACCUCAUAUUUAACUUGUACUCUGGGACAUGGCCGGACUACACGGAAGACCUAGGUUUCGACAUAGGCCAGGCCAUGUUGGCCAAGGCCAGCAUCAGUACCGAGAUCUUCAGGCCCAACUUUGACGUGUCCAUUCCGCUGUUCUCCAAGGAGCACCCUAGGACCGGAGGGGACAGGGGGUACCUAAAGUACAACUCCAUCCCACCUUUCAGGAAAUACAUGCUCGUGUUUAAGGGGAAGCGAUACCUUACAGGGAUAGGGUCAGACACGAGGAAUGCCUUAUAUCAUGUCCAUAACCAGGAGGACGUGGUGCUCCUCACCACCUGCAAACACGGCAAGGAUUGGCAGAAACACAAGGACGCACGCUGUGAAAAGGACAACGCAGAAUAUGACAAAUACGACUACAGAGAGAUGCUACACAACUCCACUUUCUGCCUGGUGCCCCGGGGAAGACGCCUGGGAUCCUUUCGCUUCCUGGAGGCGCUGCAAGCAGCCUGUGUGCCUGUGAUGCUGAGUAACGGUUGGGAGCUGCCCUUCUCUGAGAUCAUCAACUGGAACACGGCGGCUGUCAUCGGGGACGAGAGGCUCCUGCUGCAGAUCCCAUCCACGGUUCGCUCCAUCCAUCAGGAUAAGAUCCUAGCUCUGAGGCAGCAGACCCAGUUCCUUUGGGAGGCCUACUUCUCCUCUGUGGAGAAGAUUGUGCUGACCACUCUGGAGAUCAUCCAGGACCGGGUGCUGCAGCAGGAGUCCAGGAGCACCUUGAUGUGGAACAGCCACCCCGGGGGGCUCUUCGCCCUGCCACAGUACUCUGCCCACCUGGGAGACUUCCCCUUCUACUACGCCACCCUAGGUAUAAAACCGUACCCCAAGUUCACAGCAGUCAUCCAUGCAGUCACCCCCCUGGUCUCCCAAUCCCAGCCCAUCCUCAAGCUGCUGGUGUCUGUUGCCAAAUCACAGUACUGUGCACAGAUCAUUGUGCUGUGGAACUGUGACAAGCCUCUCCCUGCUAAGCACCGCUGGCCUGCCACCUCCGUGCCCGUCAUUGUCAUCGAGGGAGAAAACAAGGUGAUGAGCAGUCGCUUCCUGCCCUACGAGACCAUUGUCACCGACGCUGUGCUCAGUCUGGAUGAGGAUACGGUGCUCUCAACCACAGAGGUGGACUUUGCCUUCACGGUGUGGCAGAGCUUUCCAGAGAGGUUGGUGGGCUACCCGGCCCGGAGCCACUUCUGGGACAGUAACAAGGAGCGCUGGGGCUACACUUCCAAGUGGACCAACGACUACUCCAUGGUGCUGACCGGAGCUGCCAUCUACCACAGAUAUUACCACUUCCUUUACACAAACUUCCUGCCUGCCAGCCUGAAGGGCAUGGUGGACCAGCUGGCCAACUGUGAGGACAUCCUCAUGAACUUCCUGGUGUCAGCAGUCACCAAGCUACCGCCCAUCAAGGUCACCCAGAAGAAGCAGUACAAAGAGACCAUGAUGGGACAGUCGUCGCGGGCUUCGCGCUGGGCCGACCCGGACCACUUCGCCCAGCGGCAGACGUGCAUGAACAAGUUCGCCAGCUGGUUUGGCGGCAUGCCCCUGGUCCACUCCCAAAUGAGGCUGGACCCGGUGCUGUUCAAGGAUCAGGUCUCCAUCCUGCGCAAGAAAUACAGGGACAUCGAGAGGCUCUGACAGGAUGUGCACCCCCUGCCAGAGAGGCCGGGGGAGGCGGUAGCCGAAGGAGGACCACGGCAGUGGCAGUAGGACAGUCAGCCACCUGGAGCCCAAUCUAAGGCGGCGCUACAGCUCUGUCUUCCACUCAGCACAUUGCCAAUGACUACAGCAGCGCCAGGACUUGACGAGCGAAAUGGUGUCUGGAGAACUAUGCGUAUACACACACAGAAUAUACAGAUCUGUAGUACGUUCACAUAAACACACACAGACACUACUGACGAGACUCUUGGGUAGAAUAUUUUUUUUGUAUGAAUGCCACGAAGGAGCGGAUUACGACAGACUUUCCUGCGACUCUCUGCACAUGUGCAGGAUGGUGGAGGAAGGGAGGUGUCCAACAUGGCAACCCAACCUCAGAUCAGAUCCGCCCCGGGCUGGUAACCUAGAGUCAAUGCAACCCCACCUUGACUCCUUCAUGACCUCCCUAUGUCUGCAUCAGGACCACUGAGACACUCACCACCAGCCCCUGCUCUGGACCCUAGGAAACCAUGUUCCUCCAUUACUUUCCUUGCCAUACUUCCCUCCCAUAUGUACACUGGUUUGAAGCCUUGGGGUCUUAUCUUCCUAAGAACUGUCCCCUGAUUCAAUUAAAUUCAACAUUUGGUAGUAAAGGUCGAGAAAAGUUGAGUCCAAGCUUCCCCCCCCCUUAUAUUUUUGCUAUUCUUUUACUGGAAGGGUGGUUUAAAAGCCACCAUUUUCAAAUGGUGCCACUCAUAUUGCCAUGAGGCAGUCGCAAAACCCACAGAAACACCCACUCUAUGCUCAGUCUUUGAUUUUCUGAUAGUUAGAUUUUUAUUUCUGUCUGUUUCUCUGAUUUAUCACAACGAUAAGCCAGAAGCAUGUCACAUUUAAAAUGUACCCUUUUUCCUUCAAAACUCUCAACUCUCAAAAGCAGUUUCACUUUUCUCCUCGCCUUUCCCCUGGGAAGCGCCGUACCAGUGUGUGUACAGAGGUUGAAUGUAGGCUCACCCCCACCAUAAGCCCAAGCGGAGCACUUUCCCUCUGUCGGAAUGAGCAACAUGAACAUUCCUGGAUGAAAUGGAGCAGAACACUGCCUUCUAAACCAAACCCUUUUCACCCAUUUUUUCAAUUUCCCCUUUAUUGUUUGAGCAAUCCCGUGGCAGGAGUGCAUGCUAAAUUUAGACCCUGCUUCAUUUCCACAGGGGUGUUACAGAUUUCAGUGACUUGUCUGUUGUGCCAUGUCCCCGAAAUUCACAUUAGGGCUGCCUUUUUAAAAUUGCUUAUUGCACAUAUUUUCCGUAAAUCGAUAUCGAAAGCAGGAGAACAUGCUAUCUGGUCGAAAUGCCCUCUGUAAUAUUCGUUGUUCUUCCUAGAUGCCCUCAUCAUAAUGAUGUUGGUGAAAUACAAGCCUCAAAGCCAUUCGAUAGAUGUAGGCAUUUCCUACACCAUUUGUCAGAGGACAUAUGUUUUGUGUUUAAUUAGAGAAAGACAUUUCAUUUGAAGUGUUGGUUUCCCUGGGGAGCAGCCCAUGCUGAAACCGUCUGUCUCUAUAUUUCCCAUCAUGUCUGACUCUGCUCUGGAUGCGGUGACCCACAACCAUGACCCUUUGGCUCUAGGCAUACAGUGAAAAGACAACCAGCUCCCCCUUCAACGAGCCUUGUCAUUGUAACGUUCUUCAUGACCCUCUUUGUUCAUAAUUUCUGUUGCUCCUAGUUUUCCUGUGAUGCUGGUGUGCUCACAAUAGACUCAUCCCAGCUCAACUAUAUUUGGUCUGACACAUUGUUUUGUAUUGUGGUCAGAUAUGAAAAACCUCCAUACUUCCUUUUAAUUGAUCAAUUUCAAGGAAAUGGCUUUGAGAUGUGGAAGCUCAUGGCUUUCUAGUGAAAUCCUAUUGUGAACAGGCUUUAGUCUUUGUACCACACAAAGAGCCCUGCUAGUUCACUCGAACAGGUACUUGAAUGUCUGAAGACUUGAAGGAGCGUAAGUGUGCUUGAGUGGCCUUUUUUUUAUUGUGAAGGUGACUGAAGGUGCAUUUUUGUUCAGAACUAGGCUGCAUCUGGCUCCCGAGAAACCGGCCCAUAGUGUAUCAGCUGUGAGCCAAAGCUCAACUAUCUGUUUUUUUUUUCUAUCCCCUUCAUCGUAUCUGCGUCAUUUCUCAUUGAGGUCGUUGUAGACUCUUUUUACAUUUUGAUGUUGUUGUUUUCAUCUUCCAUAUCAGGAAACAAUCAAUGGACGUCAGUGUCCACUAGGUGUAUACAUGGCCAAUGAGUUGAUAUUGUGUCAUUGGUGGGCCUGGCCCAUCUACUCUUGUCAUUUUCACAAUGUCAUAUGUGAUAUUAUCAGCAUAACACUUAAUACUACAGUACAGUUAGAUUUAGUACAGUUUCAAAGCUGGUAUUUUGUCAAUAUAUUGUUGUUUUUUUUCCACAAAAUGUUUGCAUUUCAUGUUUAUUUUCUUUCUGGCAAUGUACUCGGGAGAAGUUUUGGAAUGAACUUGUAUGACUUGAUAUUGGCCAAGAGAGAUUUACGUUGUAUUUUGAUGUUGACUUACAGCAAGCCUUGGAUCUCUUGGCACUAGACAUGCAUCUCAAUGAUUCUGAAAAACGUUGGCCUGCAUCUGGUCCCCAUUUUUGAAGUUCAGUCAACCAUCUUUGUAUCAAGCCUUUUUCUAUCUAGAAUUGUCUGAACGAACUUGUUAUAUCUCAAGUGCGAAAGUCCCCAGCCUUGCACAUUGACUUCACGAGCGAAACCAGAGACAUUAACAUUUCUGUACAUAAACAUGUAUAUUUAUUUUCAUAUGUGAGGAAAAACCAGACUGUGUAUAGUAUGAAAUGACAGGGGAAAAUAACAGGAUUUCAUGGCUGAAGGAAUAGUUGAUGAGCAAAAAAGAAAUCUGAUUUUGUAAGUUAUAUACAUUUCUUUAACCCUUGUGCUUUGCUGGGGGGGAUAAGUCCAUUGUGGUAUGGGUCAGAUUGACCCGCACAGUGUAAACACACUCGACAGUCAGAAUCAAGUAAAAACAGGCAAAACGUUUGUCUUGUCAGACCUUUCAGAAAGAAGAAAUACAAGAACAUUUGAUUUCAAAAACUCUACAUUUAACUAUUUGUUAAAUAUAUUUGUCACAAACCAGCAUUUUCUGUUUCCCCAAGAAGGCAUUUUUUUUUGUAUUUCCCAGUAACAAUUAGGUGUUAUUUGACCCUAUUGGUCAGAAUUAUCCCACAUGUUGAACACAAUGCACGUGUGUGCUUUCUGCAGAUGUACAGUUGAAGUCGGAAGUUUACAUACACCUCAGCCAAAUACAUUUAAACUCAGUUUUAAACAAUUCCUGACAUUUAAUCCUCGUAAAAAUUCCCUAUCUUAGGUCAGUUAGGAUCACCAAAUUAUUUAAAGAAUGUGAAAGGUCAGAAUAAUUGUGAUUUUUUUCAGGUUUUUAUUUCUUUCAUCCCAUUCCCAGUGGGUCAGAAGUUUACAUACACUCAAUUAGUAUUUGGUAGCAUUGCCUUUAAAUUAACUUUGGUCAAACAUUUCGGAUAGCCUUCCACAAGCUUCCCACAAUAAGUUGGGUGAAUUUUGGCCCAUUCCUCCUGACAGAGCUGGUGUACCUGAGUCAGGUUUGUUGGCCUCCUUGCUCGCACAUGCUUUUUCAGUUCUGCCCACACAGAGGAAAACGUGUAGGCCCUGGAGCUGACAGUCUACCUUGACUUCGCUGUUGUGACCAUUCUAAUAUAACCAUAUUUAGAUGUCCAUGUCCUCUCUUCUCUGGAUGAUGGCUGUUGCAUGAUGCUCUCUCUCAUCGGAUGGAGGGGAUGGUAUGGCAGACUCUACCUCCUGAAUCCUCUUCAUCAGAGAAAUAUUCACAAAUCUGGAUCAAUAGCAUUGUCCGGUCUCUCAAACCUCUUCUAUUUCACUGUCACAGUCCAAAGUUUGUGAUGAGGCUUCAAUGACUGAAAAUCUUUUGGAGCUCAUAUGUAUGACUGUCUGUGUCGGCGAUCUGCUGCUCUCACACUGAGAAGGAGAAGCUUGGGGGAAACUCCUUUCCACCCAAACAUAAUUAUAAAAGUGCAACCAGAAUCAGUCAAAACAGAAUACAUCAAAGACACCUUGUUUAUUUUGGACCUGUGCAAAUAUCUAUACACGUGAAAGCCUCUGGGUCAAAAUGACCCACAACAGCAUGUUUGUAUACAAAAUCUACACACAUUCCACAACAUAUCAGCGUGUCCACAUUUUGAAGUUAGGUUCAUGACCCUAAAUGAGGAAAAGUAAUUUUCAUGGAGGAAGAGGUUAACUAGUAUUUUAGACAACACAAACGUGGAAAUGGGUCAAAUUGACCUACAACAUAAUAGGAGGGUUAAUUGUUUUCACAUUGUUGCCAAUAUAUAUAUUUUUUUUGUUUCCAUGGAAUAAAACCAUCCCUUUUUGCUUUUAAAAUCAUCUAUAGAGCAACUGCAACCAUUAUAGAAAUCCAUUUGUGUUACCAUGUCAGUUAAUUCAUAAUCACCAUGGAGACGAUGAUACCAAUCUAGAAUUGGUUUUGCUGUGAGCAUUUCGAUGGCAGCUGGGUCUCUUGAACAGAUCGAGGGUUUUCGUUUGUUGCUACAGUGUAUUUUAGAUUCACCAUGUUUUUUUUUGUCACUGUCCACAUCUGCAUACUCAUUGAUAGUUUGGGGAAAACUGGCAAUUCUCUUGACUGUCAUAUCUGGUACAAAUGUAAAACAACUCUCAUUUAAACAUGUCCUUCCAUAAAACCAUAGGACACCAGACAUUCUAUGGUUUAUCAAUGCAUGGCAUCUGUAUCAGUGUGUUUGGAUGUGCAGGAUGGUUCUGUCUGUGAUUUGUUUUUGUUUUUCAAUCAAAUGUAGGAUUUUGAGCUCAUGGUAACUAACUGUCAGUCAGAAGAGGAGCGCCAUACAGGGCUCUCGUUCAACUGGACGUACACUGGAGAUUUAGCACCGCUUUCAUUCAUUCUUGACCACUCUUCCGACGGAUAUUAAACUGUGGCGAUGGCCGACAACGCACCUGCAUGACCACUUCUAUGGAAUUAUUUAUCAGUACUUGGCUGUAUCAGACAGACGAGAGUUUUUUUUUUUUUUACGAUUUAAUUUGCUCCCAGCUGUCCUGAUGCCUUCCUCCUGCCUACCUUGUAAUUAACAAAUUACUUUUAUAGAGGUAAAUGAAAUAGAAACAUGCCAAUUUUUGUAAGAAUGAUUUAUAAUAAAAAAGAAACAUUUGAUCAUU